AUGGCGGCUUCCGCGAUCAACGUCAGCGGCGGCAGUGUGAACCUUCUGGAAGCCUUCAACAGUAGCGCCAUCAACCUCAGCAGCGGCUCCGUGCUGCGUAUUGAUUCCUACAACAAUAGCACAAUCAACAUCAGCGGCGGCAUUUUGAGUUCUGGUCUGUAUGGCUACAAUGACACCACGGUAAGCGUCAGCGGCGGCAUCAUAGGCAGUCUUACUCUGACCGAUAACGGCGUCCUCAACUUUUUCGGCACGGGCUUCAGUUCUUCGUAUCAGGGGGAUCAUAGCGGUCAGUUUGUGUACGACGUGACUGGCACACUCGCGUCGGGUGACAAACUCAACACUGUUAUCUUUCUUGAUGACACGUCACAAGCCCGCUUCACGUUUAAUGCGCCUGCUGUUGUCCCGGAAUCCAGCAUCUCCCGUGACGCGGAAUACGUCUCCCGUGACAAAAGCGACUUAUUUCAUCGCGCAAAAUAUGUCGCUUUCCGCGCCGGAGACGAAUUUCAUCAGGAAAAAUACGUCGCCUGCAAUCGAAGCGACGUAUUUCCUGAGGCAAGGGACGAAGACGGCGGGGCGGGAGACGAAGACCUUCCCGGCAUUUUUCAGGAGAUGAGACCAAUGCCAGACGAUUAUCUGCCGAAAGGCAAGACCCAGCUGCAAGCGUGGCUGACCAACUUCGGCACAGUCGCGGGGGCGCAAGCGGUUCCGCUGGGCCUUCUGCCCGCCGAUUUGUCCGCGCUCGGAGCCGCGCAGGGGACCUUCAACGGAUCGGUCGCAGGCGUGAAGACCGCAAAGGCCGCGCUGAAGUCCGCCACGCAGACGGAACUGACCGCCACCAAAACGGUCAAUACUACGGUGCGCGGCAUCGUGCGCCGCAUUCAAGCGAACCCGGCGGUCACGCCCACGCAGAAAGCGUCGCUCGGCAUCAAUCCGCGCAGCGCCGCCAAAAAUCACGCGCCGCCCGUGACGCCGACGGGCCUCACAGCGGAAGGUUUCAGCACGGGCGUCAAUGCGCUGAAAUGGGACCGCGCCGGCAACAAGUCCAACACGAUUUUCGUGAUACAGGCGCAGAUUGGCGCAUCUUUGGAUUGGGUAGAAGUCGGCUCGAAGAACGCCACAAAAUUCGAUCAUGUCGGGCAGACUCCCGGCGUGAAAGUGGCGUACCGCGUCCUUGCCACUCGCGCAGGAAUGGCAAGCGUCCCGUCUCCCUCCGUCACGCUCUACGGCGCUUCGACCGGCGUUGUCCUAACGCUGGCAAAGGCCGCCUGA